AUGGCACAGCAAAAGAUUGAACUUCAGGACUUGGACCUCCAGCAGCUGGUCGAGGUCAAGAAGCAGCUCGAGGAAGAACUCUCGCACUUGACUUCUUCGUUCGGACAGUUGAAACAGGCACAGAACCGAUUCGCAGACUGUAUCGAGAGUUGCAAGUCUGUGGAUGCUUCGAACGAGGAUAAAACCAUCCUCGUCCCAUUAACCAGUUCACUCUACGUCCCUGGAAAGCUCGCCAACGUCGAGAAGGUCAUUGUCGACAUUGGAACUGGAUACUACGUCGAGAAGACCACCGAGGAUGCGAUCAAGUUCUAUAACGGAAAGGUUGACUUUGUAAAAGAGAACCUGGAUAAGAUCCAGGCAACUGUCGCACAGAAGCAAGGAAACUUGAGGUCAUUGGUGGAUAUGAUGCAAUACAAGAUGCAGAUUCAGCAGCAGGAGCAAAAGGCAGCAGUCAAGGCAUAA